UAUGGCAGCCUCCAUUUCAUCACUUUUGAUGGGACAGAGUACUCCUUUAAGGCACUAGGAGAGUUUGUGAUAGCGCGGCUGUCUUCCAACACUGGAUCUAAUAUCUUCACCCUCCAAGGACAGACUGCGAGACUGCACACACACAAAAAUGGGAGCAUUAACUUCCCAGUGGUGGUACGCAUGGCUGCUUUCUACCAGGGCAUUGGCAAGAUUGAAUGGAGAUGUGCAGAGAAAGGAGAAGGACUGCGGGUGUUUAUAGAUAAUGCAGAAAUUGUUGUCACCAUUGGUAACAGCUACACACGACACACCAUUAAACACCGUUGUGUGGUAUGAAACGGAUAACCUUUUUUUGUGUGAUAAAUUAUGUUCAUCAGGUGUCGUUCACAUGGGAGAAAGAGACUUUGCUGUGCGCUGUGUUUCAUUGGAUCGCUGCGCAGCUUUGUAUGCCGCUGGUCUGCAUGUGCUGGUUUGGCGUGUGGAAGGCCACAGCCAGCUGGCAGCCAUGUUGGAAGUCCCCCAGACCUUUUACAACCGAACAGUGGGUCUCAUGGGCCUCUGGAGUACCAACCGCUCAGACGACUUCCUCAUGUCUGAUGGCCGGCUGCUGUCCUCAGUAGACCAUAACCCGCCCUCGGAAGACAAGCUGCAUCUUUUUGGAUUAUCCUGGGCAGUCCCACAACCAGAGAGCCUGCUGUUCUCUUCCCCUCCACUGGAUCCAUUUGAACCAGUUACCCUCAACAAAUUGCUGGAGGACUACAGUCCUGAUGUGGUGGAAGAUCUGAGGAGAACCUGCCAAGGCAGCAUGCGCUGUGUGCAUGACAGUCUUGCAUCCAACACUUCAAACCUGGGGCUUCAAACCCUGAACGCAGAGAAACAAUACAAAAAUUUGGCCCAAACAUACGGCAACACACCACCCAUCGUGACAGCACCUACACUGAUCCAAGCUCAGGUCAACUCUACUGUCAACAUACAAAUUAUUGCCCAGGAUCCUAAUGGGGAUCCUAUAAUUUAUUCAAUGCUCUUCCCACGACCCCCACGGACCUCCAUCGGCAGUGAUGAUGGUCACUUCACCUGGAUGCCCCUUAGCACCAAGCCCGUCAAGCUUACGAUUAAGGUCACAGACAAGCUCUCCAGCUCCUUGUUUACCCCCAUUCUCCGCAUCUGCAACUGCCUUAAUGGAGGAACCUGUCUGUCUGACAGCAUCAUUGAAAACCACCUUAAAGGGAAGUUCCAGGUAUUAGGGUGCCUAUGCCCGAAAGGAUUCAGCGGGAAGUUUUGUGGCAAUAUUGCAGACCCGUGUAAAGGUAAGCCAUGUUUCCGAGGGGUACCGUGUCAAUCGAAUUUACAGAGCGGGACCUUCAACUGCGGACAGUGCCCUAAUAAAACUGUGUCCAACGGAAAGCAGGGAUACAAGUGCUUUGAGCAUGACAUGUGCCUGCCCCCUUUUACCUUUCCCUGCCACAAGGAUGCGACUUGCUUCAGCACAAAACAAAACUUCACCUGCACGUGCAAACCCGGCUUUUUCGGAGAUGGCUUCAAUUGUACUGAUAUAGACGAGUGUGCCCAGAUGUCAACAUGUCCCAAUGCCAAAUUUGAGUGUAAGAACAAACCGGGAUCUGUUGACUGCUUCUGCAGAUACCAGAACGCUAAGGACUCUGAUGGAUGCGGGGAUUCUGCCAAUCCUCCAGGGAGCAAUGUGUUCAGUGUGUCUAUGGAUUGGAGGAGUAACAGAGCUGAUGGCCUUGAGCAGCUGGUAAACAUUCUGUCCCUGGGCUUCCAGAACAAAUUUUAUAAUGCCAGUGAGAAGGAUCCAGGACAGAGUUCCAGUCCGCAUCCAGUUGAGUAUCGCAUCAAUGUGUCCAGUGACACACCUCACUGGUACAUCAGAGACUACCUGGCCAGAGUCAGCAGCAACUAUGACAUCAGCAAAGUAGACGUUGAUGACCUGGAUGAGUGUAAGGCCAAAGAGGCCGUGUGUGUGCACCCUGCACUUUGCAUCAACACUUAUGGAGGCUACAGGUGUGUGUGCAAUGGCACCACUGAUGUGGAUGAAACACAGUCGUGCGUAUUAACAGAUAGGGACAACGUGAACAACAACAACAACAACAACGACAACCUAGACCUUAUACUGGGCCUGGUUCUUGGCAUUGGCAUCCCCAUGCUGCUUCUUCUGGCUGCACUGGCCUGUUUCAGCUGUUGCCGCAAGAAGACAGUGAUUGGAGAUCUGCCUCACUUGUUAGCAGGUAACGUACGAGAAGCAAACAAUCCUCACCCCUUCAACUACUCUGACCCUACUCUGCACUACGUGACCCAUUGCAGUCCCCGGAUCAUAGACAACAUCACACCCCGGCAACGCGUCAGAUAGCACAUGCUGAAUUGACACCGUUGCAUCCACUUUUGGAAAAUACAGAAAAGACAUCAUUGCACACAGACAUACAAAACAUACCAGAAGCACUUUUGAAGCUGAUGUUUUAUAAAGAAGACCAAUGACUUAUUUAUAUUGUGAAAACAAGUAAACCUGAGUGACUUUCAAAGGCUGAAUUUUGUCUUUUUCCUCCCGCUGAGUAUUGGCCAAGUUUGAUGAGGAUGUUUGGAUUUUCGCUCCUGCAAACAACUGUUUCAAAUAAAAGUCGACAGCAGAGGAAAACAAUCUCUUUUGGCAACAAGAAAAUAAUCCACUGCAGUGCUUUUGGCCUCCGGCUGAAAUGCAGCCAGCAGCCUCCUUGAUGAGCUCAUUAGCAUCUGCCACAUACCUGGCAUCAAACUACUACCCUUUGUCCAGCAAAGAUUUUAUCGAUUGCGUCACUCUUCUCCAUGCAAUGAAUCUCAAAACACUUUUAUUUUGAAGUGAAAACUUCAAAUGAUUUUCAUUGCUGGAUUCUGAAGGGUUUUGCUCACAUACCAGAAUGUGAAAGUUACAGAUUUUCUCCAGGUACUUCCCGACAUUCCACAAAGACAAAUCUUAAUCUACAAAUAAGACAUUGUCGACAAUUUUGAAUUUGAGUGUGAAUGGUAGUAUAGAAAAUUAUGGAUGGUUAACACGGAAGACCUCAGGCUUUUUUUUUGCUGUUCUUCUUCUUUUGAAAGCUAUGUAUGCUCUGGCCACCAGAUGUCACUAGUGAGUCUUCCAAGCAAGGCAGCUCCAUUCCGUUUGUUUAUGAGCACAAGCAGAAAUGCAGCACACCCACAGACACGUCGGCGAAAUGACACCUGCUCUGCAGCCUUCAUCUGGUGGUGGCCACAGAAUGAGAUCAUUCUUAAGGAGGUAGGCCUGUGGGUCUCCACCCCUGCAGCAGCAGACCUGACCUAUAGUCCAGCAAGGCAAGAACACAGCGCUCUUUAACACAGUGCACUUGUCACUUCCUUCUUAGUGGUUAUAUGCAAAAGUACACAGCUACCCUGUAUGGCCUCAGGAACACUUCUCGGUUCUCCUCUCUAUUUACAUUUCUGAGGGAGAGGUGUGUGCGUAGACCACAUUAAGUAUUUUGCAAAGGGGAAAAACUCCAGAUCCACGUGAUAGACAACGACACGUGACUCGGAGAAAUAGCCAGUGAAGGUGAAAUCAUCCUUGCAAGAGAAAUUUGAAGGGCCACGCUUCUGGAAGGUCCAAGUAGCAAUUUCAUGAACACCAGCUCCUGACAGAGACUGCAGCACAGAACCUGGAGGCAAGCCAUCCGGGGAAGGAGGAACGACAGAGCCAAAGAUACAGUCGAUAGUUGACAGAAAAGUGGUAAAGAAAAGGGAGUGUGUCAGGAUUUGCCACUGGCACUCAAUGUGACAACCAUUAAAGACACUGUAAAGUGAAUUCAAACAUUUG